GUUAUCUAACAUGUAGGUCAAAUCUAAUAAUAUAAUUGCAUUUAAAAACAGCAUGGCAGCUACUACUGAGAAAGGACUCCGGAUUCGCAGAGAACUGGGGCGAUCGCCUGCUGCCUCGGAAUCGCGUUCAGAGGCGGGCGGAGCGGUGCUGAAGGGCGGUGACAGCCCGGUGCAAACUCCGGCAUUGGCGGAGGACGCUAUCCGUUAACCGCUUCGCAGCCCCUGGGAGCCGUCCAACAAGGGAGAGCCGGGCAGGCAGGAGCUGCACAGUGCACGGUGACAGAAGCAGGGCAAUCGUGCAAGCGGGAGUUAACUGCUAGAAGUAGGUCAGCAUCGCUCAUAAAUAAAGAAGACUCUAAACCGAGGCUGGUUCAACUGAUAAUAAUAAAAACCACGCCUGCUAUUAUUAAUAUCUCAUAUGAAAUCGGUGACUACCUGCCGUUCAAGUUUAAGAAUCGACCUCCGGGGCGUCACCUGCAACGAUGGACAACUGGAAAAUGGGAUAUGUUCACAUUCAAGAUGAGGUCCACCACCUACAAUCUGUGAACAUAAAACCAGAGCUCCCAGAACUGCAGACAAGGGAGAAGACCCCCAGAUUCCAAUACAUCGAUUAUCCUUCCUUGCACAAGUGCAUACAGCAGCUUACUGUACCCCCUAUAGACAGCUGGAAGAGGAGGUCCCUUCAAGAGGGGGUUCCGGAAUUGGUAACUGUCCACAUUAAACAAGAACUUGUCCAAGAAGAAAUCCCAGAUCUUCAUGUAGUCCAAAUUAAAGAGGAGACCCCUGAACUAGAAUCUGUCCGUGUAAAAGAGGAGAAGGACUCUGUCCACGGGGUGCCUGGUUUUAAAUAUGUGGACUAUCCUUCUUUGCUGCAUUGCCUUCAACAGCCAUCUGCACCACCAGGAGUAGACUGGAAGAAGCACCCAGAAACUCCCCUUGAACGAAGGGUGCAAGGGGAAAUCCCUGGAACACACUCGGCAAAUCCCAACGAGACUGGAUUUCAGUAUGCAAACUAUCCUUCUUUGCUGCAGUGUCUGCAACAGCCUCUGUUAGGCAGCUUGAAGGUCAAGCCAAUGCAAGAAGAUGGUCCUCAACGGCACUAUAACGAGAAACCGGAGCCCUCUGUGGAGGCCGAGUUGGACUGUGGGGCUCCUGGUAGACAGCGUAUGCCACCCGCCACUGACUGCGAAGAGAAAUCCGUCAGCUUCUUCGACUGCGAAGAAAGUUUCGGCAAAAAUCAGCAGAACAACCCUGCGCCCCUCUUCAUCUGCUCGGACUGCGGGAAGAGCUUCCCGGAUUUGAGGAAGCUCCAGAUCCACGGUCGGACGCACAAGGGCAGGACCCCGCACAAGUGCCGGCAAUGCGGGGAGACUUUCCAUCACCUGUCCACUUUCCGGAAGCACCAGAAAACUCACAGCGGAGCGGCGGUGCAUACCUGCCCUGACUGCGGCAAGAGCUUCUCCAGAUCGGACAGCCUCAAGAUCCAUCGGAGAACGCACACGGGAGAAACACCAUACAGGUGCAACGACUGCGGGAAGAAUUUCAGCCAUCUGGGCAACCUGCGAACGCACCAGCGGAUUCACACAGGAGAGACGCCGUACCGCUGUGCCGAGUGCGGGAAGGGGUUUAAGAGACUGGAUAACUAUAAGGAACACCAAGAGGUGCACAGAGGAGAGACCCCUUUCCUGUGCGCGGAGUGUGGGAGGCGCUUCAGUCAACUGGGGAGCCUGAACAGGCACUGCAAAACUCACGCAGGCGUGGCCACGCAUCUCUGCACACAGUGCGGGAAAAGUUACUGCCAGGCAGCUGCUCUGAAAACGCACCAGAGAACUCACACAGCACAGCAUGACCCUGCACAGGACUCUCACAGCACAGCCUGACCCUGCACAGGACUCAUAAAGCACAGCAUGACCCUGCACAGGAUAGACUGACCCUGCACAGGACUCACACAGCACAGCCUGACCCUGCACAGGACUCACACAGCACAGCCUGACCCUGCACAGGACUCACACAGCACAGCCUGACCCUGCACAGGAUAGACUGACCCUGCACAGGACUCACACAGCACAGCCUGACCCUGCACAGGACUCACACAGCACAGCCUGACCCUGCACAGGACUCACACAGCACAGCCUGACCCUGCACAGGAUAGACUGACCCUGCACAGGACUCACACAGCACAGCCUGACCCUGCACAGGACUCACACAGCACAGCCUGACCCUGCACAGGACUCACACAGCACAGCCUGACCCUGCACAGGAUAGACUGACCCUGCACAGGACUCACACAGCACAGCCUGACCCUGCACAGGACUCACACAGCACAGCCUGACCCUGCACAGGACUCACACAGCACAGCCUGACCCUGCACAGGAUAGACUGACCCUGCACAGGACUCACACAGCACAGCCUGACCCUGCACAGGACUCACACAGCACAGGCUGACCCUGCACAGGACAGACUGACCCUGCACAGGACUCACACAGCACAGCCUGACCCUGCACAGGACUCAUACAGCACAGCCUGACCCUGCACAGGACAGACUGACCCUGCACAGCACAGCCUGACCCUGCACAGCACACACACACAGCACAGACUGAC